UAAAGCCGCGCGUCCCCGGACCUCCAGCAUUCUGAACCCGCACCAGAGAGCAGCUCAGAGCCCACGAAAGAAACCAGAACUCAGACAAGAUGUACACUCGAUCCACAAGCUCCACGCUCACCGUCCAGGAGAGCUUCGCCUUCCCCCGGGUGGCCUCCCGGAGCACCGAGCCGGAGGUGUUCACCUUCGAGCGGAUCCCGGCUCAGGCCACGGCGCUGCGCUCCACGGUGCCCAUCCGGCCCAAGAAGCGCUGCACCCGGGUCAUGUACCCCGCCAAGGUCCGCAUGCACCUGCCGCCGCCGGAGAAGAACCAGGCCAAGCGCUGGCUGCUGGUUCUGUGUCUGGUGGUCCUGUGGCAGAUCUACACCGAGGAGCCGUGCGCAGACGCGCCGCUGACCGCCGUCGACGGCCCGGCCGGCGACUACCAGGGCUUCCCCUUCCAGGCUCCGGAGGAGCAGUUCGGCUCCGACCUGCUGACCGCGGCGCCGAGCCGCUGCGAGGACGCGUCCAGCGAGCAGAUGAUCGGGAACAGCUGCCCCCAGGCCGGCCAGGAGCCCGACGGCGGCCGCAGCUUCGAGCAGAGCGCCGGCAAGAGCUACGUGGUGGCCCUGCUGGUCUACCACCGGCUGGGCAGCGACAAGUGAACCGCUCCGGCUGGACUGUAACCCGCCCGAACUGGGCUCCCGGGAUCCACCACGACCCGAGCUGGACUUGAUCCUGUAGCCUCCGGAGAGCAGCGGUGCGUCCUGAGCGGCGCCGCCGGGGAAGGAGCUCCGCGCACCGGCCAGUCCCUGCCGGCGGCCCGCUGAGCGCCGGAGCUCCGACAGGCUGCAAACUGAAGAACCAGAACAGAACCAGAACUGUGAAAACUGACAACGAACUGAAACUUGAACUAUGAAAACUUGAAGUGAAGCGUGAGAUUGACUCUCCACCUGCACUGUAGACAAACUGGACGUUUCUCAGACAGAAGCUGAUGCUGCUGCUCAUUACACGUUUAUUUAGUUAUUUAUUCUGUUAUUUGCUAUUUAUUGAAUAUUAAUAAUAA